UUUUUCACCACUCUCAUUGAUACAAACAGAAACACAUCGUGCCGAAGAAGAAGAAGAAGAAGCUAGAGAGAGGCUAUACCCAGUUCAUGGGGAGAUGGAGAGCUGCUAACUUUGUAGCUCGUAUUGUUGCUAAAUCUAGAUCAAUUCAAGACACCCCUCAAAACCCAUUUCUAAAAAUCCGCAAUUUUUCAUCUGUUUCAGUACCCAAACCGAUUCAAUUCUUGAAUUUCAGGUCUUUUUCUGCUUCCCCAGCUACAUAUCCACAAUAUGUGGAUGAUUUUGAGUAUAAACCUUAUAAGAUUGAUAAUACACAAUCUUUGGAGUCCGAAGAUGAUGAUGGAAUCGGAAAAAUUCCUGUCAAAGCGUACUUCCUUUGCACGAGUAUUGAUUUGAAGCGCAUGCAAGCUGAAAUUCCAAGAGACGUUCUUCCGUCAUCCUCCCGUUCACCCAAUCAUAUUGCCCUCAGAUUUUUCAAUCUUCUACCAACAAAUACUCUCCUUAGAUUUGGAGGAAACACAAAUGGUUGCAGUUAUAUGGUUGUAUUCCAGUAUGGUUCAGUUGUCCUGUUCAAUGUGGAGGAUCAUGAAGCUGAGUACUACUUGCAAAUUGUGAGAAGAUUUGCAUCUGGGCUGCUACGUGAAAUGAAAAAAGAUGACUAUGCUGUAAAAGAGAAGCCAUUGCUAGUUGAGGAUAUGCAGGGAGGCGCAGAUCACAUAGUUCUGAAAAAUUUGGACACAGAUAGUAUUCGUAUAAUAAGCAGUGUGCUUGGCCAAAGUAUUGCCCUUGAUUACUUUGUCUCACAGGUUGAUGGUAUGGUUGAAGAGUUUGCUGGGAUAAAUCGUGAAAUGGAGAAAACAGGGACUUUCACAAUGACAAGGAAGAAAUUGUUCCAACUUGUGGGCAAGGCUAACUCAAAUAUAGCUGAUGUAAUUUUGAAAGUAGGUAUCUUUGAAAGAUCUGAAAUUGCUUGGAGAGAUGCAAAGUAUGCUCAGAUACUUGAGUACCUUCGGGAGGAAUACGAGGUUUCACAACGUUUUGGGAACCUCAACUUCAAACUAAAGUUUGUCGAGCAUAACAUUCACUUUCUUCAGGAAGUUCUUCAAAACAGAAAAUCGGAUCUACUAGAAUGGUGCAUCAUCGUUUUGUUGGUUGUUGAGAACGCGGUAUGUAUAUAUGAGAUUAUCCGGGAGUCAAGUGUUAUCCCUGUGUAAACAAGAACAGGACAGGGAAAUAAAAGAGUGGCAAUGAUACAUGAUAGGAUCAACAUAGCAGAUGCCAAAAGAAAGAAAACCACAUUUCUGGGCAUUCAUAUUGCAGUUUUGUUAUUUAUACAUCCAUAGAACCAUUGUGAAUUAGUGAUCUACUCUUUUUUGUUGCAAAAUUAUAUUUAGCCUCAUUAGACAAGUUUUCUUUUUCUUUGAUAACUGAGAAUGCUCUUGAAUAUCAAUUCAAUUGAUAAAGCUGCCCCUUUAUCUCAACA